GACUUUAUUCGUCAGCGCUGUUGAAAACAACAUUUUUUAUUUGAUUCAUGAGAAGUGUGGUUUUUUUUUAAAAACUAGACUAAAAAUGUUUAGGUAAAGGUAAAUGUUCAAUUGCCCUGUUGCCAGUUCUGGUCUAUUGUAUUUAUAGAAUCUUUAGAUUGAUUAUAAUUCAAAUGAAUGUUUUCAUAUCAUGUGUUAAUGUAUUCUGUACUAUUAGGGUUUAAAACCAUUUAGACUUGUUAUUUGGUUUGGUAACAGGGUUAUGAAACUCUAAAGAAAUGCUAAAUGAAAUGUUACAGUAUGUAACAUUUAUUCUGACCUUCUGAGGUGGACAAAUAACAUUUCCUUAAGGUUAAGCACCUUUUCUCCAACUAAAAUGAUGAGAAUAAACAAAAUAUUCUUAAAGACUUCACUGAGUUUUAAAAACCCUGUCCAUGCAGAGUGCAAAGAUCUGGCAGGAGGGAGUCACCUGAAACGAUACUGAACUGAAGUUUGUUUUGAAGCAUUAGUUUUAUGUCUAGGUGUAUAAAUAUAAAAAAUGACUGCAAACUUGACUUACCACACAGGUAUUAGUCCAACAAUGAUAAAAACUCUUCCACUCUGACUUUAAACAACAACGUUUUGUUUUUUUGCAUGCGUCUUUUUGUCUCCACAAAGCUCAUUCAUGAAGGGAUGGCAUGGUUAUAAACCAGGCCAGUUUUCUGGCCGUCUCACUGACGGGGACCUCCAAAGCCACACAGGCCAAAGCAGAACAUGGGGACCUCCAUGCAUACGCUGCGAGCCAACCACAAGGUCCCGAUAGUCCCAGGGCACAUAUAAUAAGAGCUGAGCAACAGAACCCCCUGAGCCCCUCAGCACAUAUGGUACAAGGUGACUACUAAGGGCCUCCGUGUGCUAUUAAGUUGUCUAAUGUUGGCCUACCAUAACAUACCUUUUCUUGAUUUGUUUAGCCAAAUUAAACUUUUACAUGUUUGUGUUAGUCUGUCUAGACUUAUGAGUAUUGGCUGUAUAAAUGGGUCUUGUAUCAAUGCCGUAAACCAGAACAAAUCUCUGGGAUAACAGGCACACUUGGCCAAUAAAGCUUUCAAUUCUAUUCUAACUUUUUUUUUACGUUGAAUAAGACGUCCGCCUGUAUAAAUGGUGCCGUAGCUGAGGUUGGUGAUGCGACCUUGCUCAAAUAUUAAAUGUAUGACUUGGUAUUAAACUAGCAUUAGUGUGUAUAGUACUAAACUACCAUAGUAGAAAAAAAACUUUAUAAUUUUUUUUGUUCUGGUGAACACAAAAGAAGAUAUUUUGAAGAAUGUAGGACAGCAAACAGUUAUUGGGCACUUUUGACUACCAUUGUAAUUUUCCUUACUAUGGUAGUCAAUGGGGUCCGAGAACUGUUUGGUUGCAAGCAUUCGUCCAAAUAUCUGUGUUCAACCGAACAAAGAAAUCUAUACAGAUUUGGACUACCUAGAGAGCGAGUAAUUCAUGACAGAAUUUUCAUUUUUGGGUGAACUAUCCCUUUAAUGUGUUGUAAGUCAAGCUCUAUGAUGCUGUCAGUAAAUACGUAAUGCCCGGUUUGUAUUUUACCAAAUGUUGUACUUAUGAGGGAGAUUUAGAAACUUCCCUAAAUUGCAAAUAAAAGCACUUUUACAGGUCGACUGUAUACGAACAAAGGUGUUUGUCCCUUCACACGAUAUGAGCUUCAUUUAAACUUUGACCCAGCCACACCCGAUCACAACUGAUAACUCUCUGCUGACACCACGUGGACCAGCAUGCAAUGCGCAGCGUGUGAGUUUUAAAACCUAAGACAUUCCAAAAACGAAUGGUGGGUCUGCGUUUUUUUUUUUAUUAAUGUGUCUAUUUCUAUUUAAUUUGACAGAUCCUUUAACAAAAAUGUGUGUUAAAACGGAUAUACUCAGAAAAUGUGUUAAAUACGCAAAAUCUAUAAAAAAAAGCAACGCUAAAUGCUGUUUUAAAAUCAGAAAAUCCAGUUUGCCUUAAAACGUGACUUAAAUGUGUUCUAAAACUUUAAUGUGAACUGUACCUUUAAUGCACUCUCCCGCUGUUCCCGGGCAUUCUCGCGGUUCUUCGAUGCUUGGCAACGUGCAUGCUUGUGUGGUUACGUCGACCAAUGAAAUCCGCGCCAGCGGCAGAGCUCAGCCAAUCAGAACCCAGACUUCCUGUGCACGUUUGAAAUCCGCUGGUUUGUUUCUCACCUGUUUUUCCUCAAUACAAACAAGGAACUGCGGCGCAUUUGAAAGCAAAACACGCAUAAACAAUAUCGUAAACUUCACGAAAGUUCAACGAUGCCAUCGAGGACUGAAGACUAUGAGGUGAUAAUCACGAUAGGAUGCGGAUCUUAUGGAAAAUGCCAGAAAAUCAAGAGGAAAUCCGAUGGAAAGAUUCUAGUAUGGAAGGUGUUGGACUAUGGCACCAUGGCUGAGGCGGAGAAACAGAUGCUGGUGUCAGAGGUCAAUCUGCUCCGUGAGCUCAAGCACCCAAAUAUUGUCCGAUACUAUGACCGAAUAAUAGACCGGUCAAACACGACAUUAUAUAUAGUAAUGGAAUACUGCCAGGGCGGAGACCUCGCCAGCCUCAUCAACAGAAACAUUAAGGAGAGACGUUACCUGGAGGAAGAAUUCAUUCUGCGAGUUUUGUCCCAGCUGUCCCUGGCAUUAAAAGAGUGUCACGGUAGAAACAACGGUAGCAGCACAGUUCUGCAUCGUGACCUGAAACCCGCAAACAUCUUCUUGGAUGUCAAACAGAACGUGAAGCUUGGUGAUUUUGGUUUAGCUCGGAUACUCAACCAUGACACCAGUUUUGCUAAAACAUUUGUAGGGACUCCAUAUUACAUGUCACCGGAACAGGUUAAUCGCAUGUCCUACAAUGAAAAAUCAGAUAUAUGGUCUUUGGGAUGUUUACUUUAUGAACUAUGUGCUUUAUCUCCCCCGUUCACAGCAUACAACCAAACAGAGCUGGCGGGGAAAAUCAGAGAAGGAAAGUUUCGCAGAAUCCCGUACCGAUACUCUGAGGAUCUGAACACACUUCUGACGAAAAUGCUCAACUUAAAGGACUACCUGAGGCCUUCGGUGGAAUCCAUCCUGCAGAACAGCUUGAUCUCUGCUCACGUGGUUCUGGAGCGGAGAAGACUUCAGGAGAAACAGCGGCGCAGGUCUGCAGACGCGGAGCAGCCCGGACAGACAGAGGUGGAGCUGCGGCUGAAGGAGCAGGUCCUGCGUGAACGUGAGCAAGCACUCAAAGAGAGAGAGCUGCGACUGGAGCAGAGGGAACAGGAGCUGUGUGUCAGAGAGCAGCAAACGAAUGAAAAGCUGGCCAGAGCCGAGAGCUUGUUGAGAGCCUGUAACCUGAUGCGCCAGCAGAGGGCGCCAUCUGUACUCGUGGCCAGUGAUACAGAAAACGAAGAGAAUGUGUCCCCAGGAAAGAAACGGGUCCACUUUGCAGGUGAUGGUAAAGAGAACAGCAAACCUGUUAAAUCUCAAGAACAUUCUUACGUGAAGAGGCAUCAGUGGGCUAACAUGCGAGUCCAGGCUCUUGGUGAAGAGGAUCGGCUCCACCCAACAAAACCCAGAGAAAUGCAGGGCAUUCGCUAACCUCACAUACAUCGAAUAAGAGCAAAAUACUACUGACAGUAAAGAGGAUUUUUAGCAAUGUACAUUAGGACAUAAUAUUACUGAUUUUAUUUAUUUUGUACAGUACAGUGCAAAGGUCACUGUCUUAACUUUUAUUUAUUGUGUUUUUAGGUGGACAAUUGUAUUAAAUAAUGUACUGUUUUUUUUUUAAUAUAAAAAC